AUGCCUUCAUAUGCGGCUGAUCGGUCUUCGUGGCCCGUCGCUGUGCCUCCGCCCGCCGUCGCUUCGUCUUCUUCUGUCUCCUCUUCGCUAUCUCCGCCCCGGUCCGGGUCUUCGCUUCCUCCGCUGUCUUCGCAGCGCCCCAGUGUGUUUUCCUUCGCCUCCUUCAUGGACGGUCUCCUCGCGAAUUUGGAUUCCACGGGCAACUCCAGCUCACGCGAGUGCGACGAGAGGGAAACAGUCACCUCUUGCGUCACGCGUCUCUCGCGGCCGAGUCGCUGGCGCGCGUCCGUGACAGGCACAGACACCGCGCUCCAACCCAGCCUCGCUUCCAUAUCUUCGACUGCAUGCGCAACAGCGCCCGGCGCACGGAGAGAAAGAAACGCUUCUCUUUCACCGCCGAGAUCUGCUCUAGCUCCUCACUCCGCUCGCCUUGCUUCGCGUCCCUCCCAGUCCACCAACCCGUCGUCUCGACACCGGCGCAGUGUAUCUCCGACUGUGCCUCCGGAAGAUCUGCGGAUCGAGAGCGGCUCUGCGUCUCCGCUGGAGUCUCCGUUUCGUGCUCUGUCCCGGCCUCGGCUGGAAGCGCCGUUUGAUUUCUUUCGGGGAUCUCGCGCUUCUCGCCGGGCGUCUCCUCCACACAGGGCGUUCUCCCCGCGAGCUUCGCUGUCGCCCCACGGACUGUCUUCGCCGCGGGCGUCUCGCGCGUCUUCUCUCGCUUCGCCUUCCGGAUACGCGUCUGCACGUCUCCUUUCCUUCUCGGCGCCGCACUCUCCCCCACGGCUCCGACGCCUUCGCUCGUCUUCUUCGGCACCUGCGUCUCUGGGCUGGCCUCAGAGAUCCGACCCCGGCACUGUGAGAAGCGCCGCAUUCAUCUCAGCUUGCCGGGUGUUCUCGGAAGAGCAGCUGCGGGGGUCGAGCGCCCCGUUGUUGCCUGCGGAGACAAGACGGAGCACGCGUUCUCUCCAUUCCAGCUUUGGGAGGCGCCUCUCGCCCUACUCGCCGCGUCCUGUCCCCUCUGCGUCUGCGCCGAGUGUCUCCUUGCCCGCGGAAAGAGGGGUCAACUCGUUCCACGUCGCCCCACGCAGCGCACCGCGGGAAGAACGGAGACGCAUCCACAUCGAAGACACGGACUUUGACGAGGACGCGAGCAUGGAGUCUCUCUCGGAUUCCCAGUACGCGCUGCGCCUCUUCAUUCCCGUCGACUAUCCUCGGCUCGUGAAUCUCGCUCGCCUCUUCCGCGGCGCGUUUCGCGGGGCCCGCACCCCGUCCACCGCGUGCUCCUCGCGCUCGGCACAGGCGUCUCCUGGAGACAGCCACGGAGACAGGCCUGAAUCGCGGAGAGGCCGCGGAGACAGCGGGGGGUAUGCGUGGGGAGUGGCCCGCGGCCCUCUCGGAGACGAGCAGAACUACGCGCUGACCUUCGCAGACCCCACAGGGGCGAGUGCGAGAGGAGACAGCGACGAUGACGUUGGGGACGAUGGAGACAGCAGCGAGAGCGAGAGGAGAAGGGUAAGAGGAGGCGGGGAAGAGACGCUCGACACAGACGUCUCGUUCUCUGGACGCUGGGGCCGCGAGGAAUGUCUUUUCGAGCGAGGAAGAGAGGCCAGGACGCCGUCGUUCGCCGCUUCGCCGGCGCCUUCGAGCCCGGGAGCCCACGACACGGUCUCUGCUGUCUCUGCUGCGAUUGCGCGCCUUUCGUGGAGGGGGGUUGGGAGAGGUCCGUGUGGAGAGUUCGAGGGAAACAGGCGGCAAAGACAGGCGGAAGACAGCGCCACGCAAGAGGUUCCUCGAGAGCCGGUCGCAGGGAGACAGGCAGAGCCGGAGGGGAGGUUUACCCCACGCACGCAGAUGAGCGUCUCGGGCCCGGUCGGAGACAGCGGAGGCACCUGUCGCCUCUUGGGGAGGGGAUCGGAGGAGGAGGGCGACGGAGAGGGCAUUCGCGCAGGGCGAGAGGAAGGCAAGGACGCAGAGGGAUUGAGGAGACAAGAUCUGGAGAACAGCAGAGACAGGGGAGACUGCCACGCAGAGACAGCGACAGCCCUCGAUGUUCCGUCUCCUCUCUCUGCGUUUUCUUCGCGCGACUCGCUGAUGGAUCCGCGUCUCAGCGGCGUUCCGCCCCGCCUGUUUCGACGAGAGAACGAGACCCGGGAAGGAGAGCGUGAGGCAGGGAGGGAAGGAAAUCUGUCGAAGGGUGUUCUGUGUGGAGAAACGGUGUCGACGCUGGAUUCCGGGGACGUGGACCCCGACCACAGGAGCGAGAGAAAUGCCCUUGCGUCUCCACUUUCCCGGCCACAUUCGUCUUGGGAAGAACGCAGGAUGAGCACUGAGUUUGCGUCGUCACACCUAGAGAGCAGGGAACCCACGUCCUCCGAACCGGAGCCCCCGCCCCAAAUAGAUGGCCCUCCGAAUGCGGCCCAGAACUGGACUCCGCCGUCUCGUCCGUGGUGGAGUGUCCCUCCGGCUGUCUCGGAGGAGUCUCAUGAUGCGCGGUACUUCUGGCUGCUUCCGCGUCCGUCUGUCGCGCUUCCUGUGUAUCCGCUUUCUCCCGUUUCUUCACCGUCUUCGCACCACCCUCUCCCUGUGCCGUGUCCGGGUGCAUCUCUCCCUCCAAAUUCGAACGACGCUCCCGAGACGCGGCCGUCUUUCGCUUCCUCCGAUUCGUUUUCUGUUCAAGCGCAUGCGCAAAUGCCCUCUCAGGCGCGUGCCUCCAGGUCGCCUUCCUCCUUCGCUGCCGCCUCGGCUCAGCCGGUCCUUCCUGCAUUGCCGUCUUCUCUCCCGGCCUCGUCAUCAUCUUCUUCGUCUGCCCAUGCCCCCGCUGCGGCUUCUCUGCCUCGAAUUUACGCCGAUGCACCCUCCGCUUAUUCCCAAGCGGUUCCGCUCCCUUACUACUACGUCCCUUAUUCUCCUCUGUACGUCUCCUCUGUCAUUCCUGAACCGGUCCUGUCUCCUCUCCCGGACGAGAACACACAUCUCGUUCCACCUGCUCAUUCUCGUCUUUCUGCCGACCUGUCGCUCCCUUCUUUUUCUCACCCUUCUGCCUCUUUGUUCUCUUCUUCCUCUUCUUCACCUUCCUCUUCUUCUUGUCUCCGUCCCCUGCUCUUUCAGAGCACUUUACCUGUUCCGUCCUCUCCUCCCGUUUCCGGCGGUCUCUCGUUGGUUUCGUUCCCCUCUUCCGUGACUCUCUUUCACGCGGGCCGCGAGCGCGUUUUCUUGGAUGAGCUCGAGUCGGCUUUCUCCCGCGACUCUUCGGGCGCGAAUCCGUGUCUCCUCGCCCUGGAGCGGUCGGUCUCGGCCCCUGCGCAGCAGACGGGGUUGAAUGACGGGGACCAGCCCCAGUCGCCGCGGAGCUGCCGUGGCGAACGCGAGCACGGAGCGCGAGAGGAGAGAGAGAGAGAACGCGAGGCACGUCGGCGAUGGGUUCUCUCGACGCCGUCCUUCUUCACGCCUGUGCUCCAUUCGCGUCAUCUCGCUUCGGGCUGCUUCUCCGAAGAAGCCGAAACGGGCGGCAACGACGCGGCGUCGAGGCUGGCGCCGGGUCUCCCCGCGAGCGGACGUGAGAAGGAAGACGCAGGAGCAAGAGGCGCGCGAAGCGGAGACACAGGAGACGACCGCCACACGCCAGCAGACAGGGGUUGUCUACCUCACACAGGCGGGGCGCGCCUUCCGUCGCUCGGAACAGGCGAACCUUCGCUUCUGGCGAGCCGUGAACAAGUCGGAGCUCGAGGGGAAGACCAGUGUCACGAACGCGGAGGGAUUAGGGGUUACCGCCCGUGUCGUGCCCUCACCUCCCCGUGGUCGUGCGCUUCUCCGUCGCCGACUCCUAGGCGACCGCCGACGCCCGCGUUUCCUUCUUCCCCCGCUUCGACGUCUGUACACCCGGACGGGAGGCGCGGCAGUCCGGUUGCGACUGCGUUCAGAGCUGAGAGAGUGAAUGCCGACUCGCGUCUACGGCGAGAAGACAGGCGGGGGAUGCCGAGCGCGAGAUGUCCAGAAGGAAGAGGCGUCGCUAUCAGAGGGAGCGAGGUGGGCGAGAAGGAUGGAGAGGAUGGACUGCGCACAGAAGCCGAACGGGGGGGAGAAACGGAACGGCGAGAAGACGAUGUCGCGUCGGUGGUCCAAGGCGCCGAUGAGACCCAGAACGGAACGGAAAGAACUUCUACAGGUGACUCUUUCGCCGCCAGCAAGGCAUCGGCGAACACCGUCGCCAUGUUUCCCUUUAUUCUCCCUGUGUCUCCUCACUCUCUUCCACCUUGUGCCCGUCCGUUCCCUUCCUCAGUUGUCGCGCGCCCUUCUGCUUCGGUUCCUCCUUUCUCGCCCUCGUCUUCCUCGUCUGUGCCGUCACUGUCUUCCCUUUCUCCAUUUCCUGCACGUCGUCCCAGUGACGAGGACGGGCUGAGAGGCGACCAGCCUUUGUUGCGGCCAGUCGAGACGCUCGCGGGCGCUGCAGCCUCAGGGGACCCUUCGGGCGCAUCCGUGGAGCCCAGCAACGGCUGCGGCGAGGCGAGAGGCGAAUGGCGGGAAGACGGCGGCGGAACCGGCGUCCGAAGAAGCUACGGCAGGAGCGGAGACAGGAGAGGCGAGGGACGCGUGUCAGGGAUCGGCAACGAAGGCUGUGAGGGGUUGUGGAGCGGCGGAGAAGAGAGCGAAGACGCGUGUGACGAGUCGCAUACGGGAAACGAAGACGGACGCGAAGCGGAUCUCGAGGAGGAAAGCGCGGGAGACAACCAUCGCAGCGGGAGUCGCGACGAGUUACGCGAGGGUGAACAAGGACACGAAGAGCAAGAGGAAGAAGAGAGGCCUCGCGACCGAGGAGAAGGCAGGGCGAGGCGAGUCGCUGAGGAAGACGGAAGGCUCAGCAGCCGCGAAGGCCGCGCGACUGGCCAAGUGGCAGCAGGCAGAGGCGCAAGGCCGCCGAGCGGGACGCGAGAGGACCGGCGAAUUGCAGCCUUCGAGGCAGGGCCGAGCGGCGUUCUGAUCUGCACCACGCGCGAACUCGACCGGCGAGUCAGCGACAUCUUGAGAGCCGCGGGAGUCGGCCAGCCCGACAGAUCAGAGGUCAUCGGCCCGUGUCACGCGUCUUCUCGCGAGGCCUGCCGUGAGGCGAGUUGGCGUAGUCCCAGUGGUCUCCCUCUGCGCUUCACGAGGCAGGAUCUCUCGCCGCUGUCGCUCCGUGAGGGCGAGCGCGACGAAGAGCAGCCUCGGGGCGUGGAGACUUUCUGCGUCGCCGGGCCGGACGGGGCGUCGCGUGGGAGCCUUUCGCCUCCGCGGCUGCUCUUUGUGGGGCCGAAUUUGAAUUUCGAAGACUCGGAGGACGCAUGCGCCUCGAUGUCGGACGGCCGCGGAGACACCGCGGCGCUCUGGCCGCCGCGCGCGCCGCCAGUGGACGCCGUCGCCCUCGGGCGCUUCCUGGCUUCGCGCGGAGACCGGGGACCCGCGGGACGCGAGUCCCCGCGGGCCCUAGGCGAGCGCCUGUUCCGGAGACAAGGUCGCUCCGCCUCGCCCUUUCCGCGGGACGACCUCCGUGGCGGGCCAGGCGCGCGGAGACUCGCGAGCGACAGCGAAGAGACGAGCCAGAGAGAGAGGGAGACGAGUUCAAGCGGCGACGCCUCGGCGACUUCCGCGUUCAGUUCGAGUGACGAAGAACACCUGGUCGUGUCGGUGGCUGCCAGCCCCCAUCCGUUUCCUUCGCGGCGUGCGCGGAGGCUGCGACGGCGCAGGCUGUCCGAAUCUUCGCUGGCGACUUCGCGGUCGGACGAGUCGCGGCCCUCGAGUACGCGAGACGUCGGGCCGUACGCGACUUCGCACGGCUGGGGAGCCCCAGCGGAUCCGGAGGCGGGAGACGGCCGCGGAGACGUCGGUGCUUUGGUCGCCGUUCUGCGCAACGGGAUUGGAGGCGCGUGGACGUCUCGUGCGUCGCACUUUGCUUCUCGUGAAGUGCGCGGAGCGAGUUUGGGAGACGAGGACGAAGACGGCUUGAACGGCUUCUCUUUCUUCGCUUCGGAGAGACUUCCGGCCGAUCCGCCUGAGCGCGUGCCGCCUUCUGAGCUCCCGACGGAAGCGACGCCUGGAGACGCACGUAGGGCCUCCUCCAGGGCGCCAGACCCCACCAUUCAACGGAGACGCUUGUCGCCGCGUCUGCUCGCUGCGCUCGCGCCCUCUUUCGCCGUCUUCCCGGAAUGCGAAGCGCAUGCACAUCCCCUCUCGGCGCUGGAAAGGCAGCCGGAAAGGCAGCCGGAACGGCCGGAGGUUCCCCGGACGGGGCGGAGCAGAUCGUACGCAGAAGUCGCUGCAGGCGUGCCGCCGGGCCCCGCGUCUGCCGUGUCGCAACUCGAGCGACUUUUCGGGAGACAAGGUUUGAGGAGAGGGCGAGCAGGAAGACAGCGGACACUUGUGCUGACUGGUCCAAUGGCGUCCACGGCGCGGCAAUUGCAUCUGCAAAGUGAGGAAGGGCAAGGCGCCGAGCGCGAGACGGGGGCGCUCCACGCGACCUUCUCCUCGUCCUCGCGAUCCGCGUGCCAAAUGGUGGUCUGCCUCCGGCAGCUCGCGACUGCGCUCGCGCAUUUGGAUUCGGCUUAUACACAAAGAGGCAGGUCGCAAAGAAGGGGCGCGGAAAGCGGAAAAGAGAGCGGAGAAGAGGCUGGGUUCGCCUUCUCUGGAGAGUCGGGGCGUCGCGUGUCCCGGCGAUCCCGGACGGCCUCGUCGGAUUCGGCGUUUAGUGUUUCGUCUGCUUCGCAUUCCUCGUCGCGUUCAGCUGCCUCGAGCGUCUCGCGAGAGGAGGGGGGCGAGACCCCGAGAGGUGUCCGCGCAGGCCUUUGCGGCUUGGGACUGUCGGCUGAAGAGAGAGAGAGAGAAGAACGGGCGAUUGAAGCGCUGAGGGCGUACACACGGAAGUUGCUGUUCCGGUGGCGAUGCUUGCUGGCUCUGAAGCAGGCGCAGGCGCGCGAGAAGCUGGUCGUCGAGGAGCGCGAACGAGAGGAGAAGACGGGCGAGCCUUCGGCGGUUUUGCGGGACUUCGUGGCCGACGAGGGGUUCAGCCGACUCGACGUGGAAGACGCGAAGCGACGGUGGCAACGAAAGGAAAGUCGGUACGCGAGAGCGGAAGGGAAACUAGCGGAGAAGAGCCUCGAACUCCUCCAUCUUUGGGGGUGGCCAGAAGCACAGUGA